CACAUUUAUUUCGAAAUAUCUGCACUUAUUACAAUUUUGACAAUGACAACUUCAUCAAACGAGGUCAAAAAUGGAAAACGAACAAUUCUCCCAUUUACUCCAGCAGAUGAACUACCUUCAAUACAAGAUUCAGUGAAUUUGCAAAACAACACGGAGUCUCUUUCCAAUCAGUUUUCGGUUGAAUGAAGAACAAGGGAGUUCAUUUGGAAGUUAUUUGUUUCAUUUUUCAAAGGAUGUUCAUAUCAUUCAUUGUUUCCCAAAGACGUACAUCAUAGUAUCAGUACAGAUAACAAUUGUGUGGGGAAUCUGCGCUCUCGUGUUACCUGUGUUCGUUGUGUGUUGUUGACUGAUUGCGUUAAUGGAAAUUUUUAAAGUUCGGUGCUUCGUGAAUGGAUGAAAGUAAAUUCUUGGUUCUCAUGGACAUGCGGACAAUAAUCGUUGCCUUUGCUGCAGCUGUUCCACUCAUCAACUUACCAUUCUGGUGGACAUUUGUCAUAUGGACAAUUACUGUGGUUAUUGCUGGGAUUGUAGUAGCUGUCAGUGUCGUCAACAGAUUCGAUGUGCUCAAAAGUUUUGGGGAGUUCAUACUUGUCACUUUCAUUGUGGAAUUAGCCUUUGUUAUAAUAUUCUUCCCUUUCAUAUUCUGGCGAGAAUUUGACUUAUAUCAAAUGACCUAUACACAAACUUGCGCGAUGAUUUAACUUGCUCCCAAGUAAACGCUUUACAAUUCUUCAACGAAAUGAGGAUAUACUUCAGAUUAUUACCUUAAUAUGUGAAUCCUGUGUGAGGAAAAAAGUACUUUGGAACUGAAUACGCUGAAAAUUUUUGUACCGUAUACUCGCAUACUGUCUUAAAUAAAGCUUUACCAUUAUUAUUAUCAUUAAUUAUCUGGCUGCAUUUGCUGUUUUCAACGGAGGUGGCCAUCUUCAUCGUUUCAAUAAAUCGCACAAAGGAGGAAGAUGGGAGUUAUCCAUUUGACACAUAUGCAG